GUUUCACCUGUUCUAAAACGCUAUCUAACGUUAAUUCUAAAAUUUAGAAAUGCGCUUUGAAGCGUCACCAAAUUAUAUUCUGUGCAUGCUAGGCUGAAUUCAAAAUGGCUGAUUGUAGUUAAUAACAUCCGGUGCGAGAGAGUUGCCUGAACUGGUGCACUGUUAGGAUUUAUGAUUGGGAAAAACAUGGCACCUAAAAAGUCCGGAGGACGUAUAAUGCGAAAGCGUUUUAAAGCUUGCAAAAUUAAAGUUGUUUCUGUGUCUACAUCGGGGAAUAAAAGAACUCGUAGUGUUGACCUCCAUGGAUCAACUUCCGAGGUAAAAUUGCAAAAUUCCGAAGUCGAGGAGAUUGUAGAUACACCGAUGACUUGCCCGAGCACCACGACUGGUUUGCUAGAAAGUGAUGGUGAGGACGCGAGUCAGUCGAAUACAAAUCUGCCCUCAAAGCAUCAAAAAAGAAGAACGAGAGAGUUCGAGGAAUGGGAAAAGAUCAGGGAAAGGCUUCUGAGUAGCCGUUAUGAGGUGGAUUUCUUUGUAGAGGGCAUAAUGUGUUGUCAGUGCGAUUCACCUGCUGACGUUCGCUGUAAGGAUUGUGGGCACGACGUGCACUAUUGUUAUAACUGUGCCAAAGCAAGUCAUGGUGGACGAAAUUAUUUCCAUGUCCUUGAGAUGUUUAAGGCUGGUUGUUUUGUACCAUUGUUUCCUAAUCAUAUUGUGAUGAGCUCAAGCCAUCAAAGAAACUGCCCGACUUCCAUUGCUAGAAAUAUUGUGUGUAUUGAUGAGUAUGGACGGCAACAUCUAAAACAAAUACUUUUCUGUAACUGUGAAAGUGAUGUGGCAACAUUGGUAAAGAUGCAGCUGUGGCCUAGUUCUGCAAAGCGCCCUGUUAUGGCAUUUCACUACAAGCUAAUGGAGUUGUUAGAAGCACUUGUGAUGGAAUGUCAAGUCUCUCUUCAAAAGUUUUGUGACAUGUUGGGAAUUAUUAAUAAAUCCCCCAUGUUGCCUAAGUGGGUGAAAAAUGUUUAUUCUUGUUUAAACAGUGAUUCUUUUGAUGAAUUUCGCUACCACCAGUAUAUGAGAAGAAAUGGCAAGUUGUACGUCAACAAGGAUAUGGAGAUGGAUGAGCUUUGUCCUCUUUGCCCAAAGGGUCAUACAGGAAGUGUAGUGGAGUCUAUGGAUGGUUGUUUUGGGCUCGUUAGGAAGAAAUCAGCUGGUGCGAAUUUUAUUCCUUCCAGGCAUGGUCUCACUAUGUUUGCAGACCAAAAUGAUGUUGACAAUUUUGUUGACAAUUACACUGAAAGUGCUAAACAGGCCACUGUGAAUUGCAAUGAAUUCAAGUCUGGGGAGGUAACUGAUAUGCUCAGAUCUAAAGGGAAGAACAAGCUCUAUGACGAAAAAGGUGUUUUUGGGCGUGUUUGUAGGCACGGCUUCCCCAAAGGAUUCCUCAGCAUUAAACAUGGUGAAAGGUACUGAAUUUUAACUUGGUAAUAAGCCUCACAUAGAACUCAAUACAACUAACUUAGUUUUUUGUAUUGAGAUGCCCACAAAGCAUCCAUGGUCUUACAAUCAAGCUUUAUACUCUUUCAUUAAAUCGCUUCUGCAGAGGAUCAUCUAUACUGUUGAAGGCGGGACGUAAGAGCCUAUUCCUAGCGAGAUGUACAAACCACCAUUUCGAGAUGUGGUUUAGAUAUUCCAAUACCGAAAGAGAAGAAGUAAAGUAGCCCUUAGAAGUCGAACCUGGCUCUCUGAAUUCCCCUUUUUUGCAUCUUGUAAAGAGAGGAAACGAUUAA